AUGGGCCAGCUUACGCAAUGGCUACAGUCAGAGAUGGCAGCUUCUGCCCUCAAUCGAAGUAUCCCUCUAGUCUCAGACUUACCUGAUUCCCUUCUCCGGGCAGAGCUUAUUCGGAGGAGCGAAAUUCGGGGAUCGACCAGCGACCGAGUAGCUUGUGGUUCGAAGGAGAAAGGCGCUUACAACACCCAAAUACAUGUGCUGGCAUUGUUCCUUAUUCUGGUUUUGAGCACAUUAGCAUGUUCAUUUCCAGUUCUCGCACGUCGAUUUCCACGGCUACCGAUACCGCGCCACUUUCUUUUUAUCUCCAGGCAUUUUGGAACGGGGGUUUUGAUUGCCACAGCUUUCGUUCACUUGUUACCCACGGCAUUUGUCUCUCUUACGGAUCCUUGCCUUCCUCGUUUUUGGUCGGAGACCUAUCGUGCAAUGGCUGGAUUUGUAGCCAUGAUAUCGGUUUUCCUGGUUGUCGUCGUAGAAAUGUUCUUCGCUACGAAAGGUGCUGGUCAUGUUCAUGGGAGCGAGUAUGAUCAUCUAAUUGGCAGUGUUGGGCGGGGGUCUAGCGAGUCUGUUCGUGAUGACGCAAAUUAUCUGGGGCUGGGCCGUCAUCACUCGACAGAGAACCUACGCCUUAAUCUCAUUCAAGCGAAUAGUUACGCGGAUGGAGCGCAGGAGCACUGCAGUUCAUUGUCCCCGAUGUCAACAGGUGGUGUCGAACAAGGACGGUCUAAGAAAAUGGACCCUUACAGUGAAACCGGCGACACUGAAUUUGGAGACAUCGAUUCUCUGGACAAUCACAGUGAUUCUCAGGUCUCUGACUCGCAUCCUCGCCACCUGCAGUCCCACCGACGUGAUUUGCAUCCAAAACCGAGUCCUGGAUUACCAAUGCAAAGCCCGCAGCGUCAGUUGCUGCAAUGUCUUCUCCUCGAGGCUGGUAUCCUCUUCCACAGUAUCUUUAUCGGCAUGGCCCUCAGUGUCGCCACUGGGACGUCUUUUAUUGUCCUUCUUGUGGCUAUCUGCUUUCACCAAACUUUCGAAGGUUUCGCCCUUGGAUCGCGUAUUGCAUCCUUGAUACCAGACCUUUUUUCGCCGUCGUCGCCGAAGCCCUGGCUUAUGUCGCUUGCCUACGGAACUACAACACCCGUUGGACAAGCUAUCGGCCUAGUUUUGCAUAAUCUCUACGACCCUGCAAGCACCACGGGCCUGCUCAUGGUUGGCAUCACCAAUGCAAUCAGCAGCGGGUUAUUACUUUUUGCUGGACUUGUGGAACUCUUAGCGGAGGACUUUCUAAGUGAGUCUAGCUACGCGACACUCAGGGGUCGGCGGCGUAUUGAGGCCUGUAUAUCCGUCGCGAGCGGGGCUCUGCUGAUGGCAUUCGUUGGCGCCUUUGCCUAG